UUCUCUUCCAUAUUUGACGAUUGUUUUGGGCUUGCUGUGCUACCGACGUUCACGACCUUGUACUAUAUGGCGCCAGUAGAAACGGAAUAUUAUGACUUGCUUGGAGUUGCGGUGGAUGCUGACGACACAGAACUCAAGAAAGCGUACCGCAAGCAAGCAAUGAAGGUGCCUAAACCGUUAAUGCCACUCAAUCGUGUUGCUCUUGCUGAGCGAAAGUCAGUACCAUCCCGACAAGAACAAUUCAAAGAAAUAAGCAAAGCCUACCAAGUUCUCUCGGACUCGAACCUGCGGGCGGUCUACGACAAGAAUGGAAAGUCUAUGGUGGAUAAGGAAGGAGGGGUGAAUAUGGAGGACGCAGCCGGCUUCUUUGCCAAUGUCUUUGGUGGUGAGCGCUUUGCCGACUACAUUGGAGAAAUCUCAAUCAUGAAGGACAUGACUACGACUGCGACAACCAUGAUGACCGAAGAGGAAAAGCUGGAAAUGGAGAAGGCAAUGAACGAGGGCUCGGCCACUCCAAUCAACGGUCCUGCUGCUGCCGCUCGCAGUACUCUAUCGUCUGGCUCAUCAACACCCGCCGGAAGCACCUCGCCUCCAACCACUCCUUCACAGUCCCCUUCGGGCAUUACUAUGCAUUCGGAAGCUGAUUCUCCGUCUCCGGUAUCCACACCGUCGAAAGAGAAAGAUAAGAAGAGGUCGAAAUUAACGCCAGAGCAGAAGGAGAAACUUCGCGAGCAAGAUCGAGAAAGACAACGGGUAAUGGAGGCCCGCGUAACAGCGCUGACUACAAAGAUGAUAGAACGCCUGCGACCCUUUGUGGAGGCAACACGUCCAGGAGAGAAAGACGACCCUGAAACUCGUAUUUUCGAGGAGAAGAUGAAGAGGGAAGCGGAAGAUCUUAAGCUGGAGAGUUUUGGUGUGGAGCUAUUGCAUGCUAUUGGCGGGGUUUACAUGAUGAAAGCGACUUCUUUUAUGAAGUCCAAGAAGUUUUUGGGAAUCGCCGGAUUUUUCUCCCGCAUGAAGGAGAAGACAGACCUUGUCAAGGACGUAUUCGGGGUCAUAGGUAGCGCAUUGAGCGUCCGAGAUCUAAUGCUUGAAAUGGAGAAACAGCAAGCAAAAGGCGAAAUCGGCGAAGAGGAAUUGAGGGCCUUGGAGAUGGACGUCACGGGAAAGAUCAUGCUUGCUUCUUGGCGAGGAGCACGUUUAGAAGUAGUCCAAGUUUUGCGUACCGUCAUCGACAACGUGCUAAAGGAUCCAGAGGCAUCCGAGACAGUAUUGUUCAAUCGAGCAAAGGGACUACUCAUUAUGGGAGCAAUCUUCAAGUCCACGGUACCCGAUGAAUCCGACGAGGAACGCCGAGAACUCGAAAGGAUGGUGGCCGAGGCUGCUCAACCCAAAGGGAAACAAUCGGCUACUCGGGCUGCGAAAGCUAAGCGAGAGCAAAUGCUUCGACAAGAGACCGAAAAAGCCAAGUAG